CAGUCGUUCAGUAGGAUGGAUCCUGCCGUGGCUUUUGUUCUGCAGAUCCACCCAUCCUCCUAGCAGUCAAGUACCAGGCUAUGGUUUUCUCUCUGGGGAUCUUUCUUCCGCGUUUUGCCGGUGUCUCUGAUGAGGUUUUGGCCUCGGCUGGGAUUUCACUACCUUACUUUUCGUUUGGCUUCAUGCUGAAAAAAAAAAAAAGGGAAUUCUUUUUAUUUUCUCUCCACGCUUUUGGUUAUAAUCCAGUGUUGAUCUAGGGAGAAAUUAACCAUUCAGCCUGGCUGAAAAAAAAGCAUCCGUUGAAAAGUCUCAAAGAAAUAUACCACGUGAGGAAAAAAAACUGGGAGAAGAUCGGAAUAUAAUAAUUUUUUCUAUGAUAAAACUGGUGCCCCUCUUCAGGAGAACUGGUCUCAAUAUAUUAUUAUGCAACCACAAGGAUCUCUUCUUUCUCAGGGUGUAUAAGCUGCUGGAUUGCUUUUCGCCCAAAUCAAUGUGGUUUCUUUGGAACAUUUUCAGCAAAGGAUCGCAUAUGCUGCAGUGUCUUUGUGGCAAGAGUCUUAAGAAAAACAAGAACCAAACUGAUCCCCAGCUCAAGGGUAUAGUGACCAGGUUAUAUUGCAGGCAAGGCUACUACUUGCAAAUGCACCCCGAUGGAAGUCUCGAUGGAACCAAGGAUGACAGCAGUAAUUCUACUUUAUUCAACCUUAUACCAGUGGGACUUCGAGUUGUUGCUAUCCAGGGUGUAAAGACUGGGUUGUAUAUAGCCCUAAAUGGAGAAGGUUUCCUCUACACAUCAGAGCUUUUUACACCUGAGUGCAAAUUCAAGGAGUCUGUUUUUGAAAAUUAUUAUGUAAUCUACUCAUCCAUGCUCUACAGACAACAGGAGUCCGGGAGGGCCUGGUUCUUGGGGCUGAACAAAGAAGGGCAGGUCAUGAAAGGAAACAGAGUGAAGAAAACAAAACCAGCAGCUCAUUUUCUACCCAAGCCAUUGGAAGUUGCCAUGUACCGAGAACCAUCUUUGCAUGAUAUUGGAGAAACAGUGCCAAAGGCUGGGGUAACUCCAAGUAAAAGCACAAGUGCGUCUGCAAUAAUGAAUGGCGGCAAACCAGUGAACAAGAGUAAGACGACAUAGCCAGAUCCUCACAGGUGUUGUGACUUACUGAGUCCUGAGUACAGCUGAGUGAUUUAUCCUUGCCAGACUUCCCCUCUGAAGUGUCUGUGGAUCAGCUUGCGGCAAGUUGCAGACCGGCCCUUUGCUGUUUCUGAACUGAGUUGUUGCAAGUGGAUAAAUCCCAACAGGUAGUAGCUCCACCCGCAGCGAGAAGACACCUGGAUGAACCAGCUAAACUCAGACCAUGGAAUGCCCUACCAGAUAUUGGAAUGCCUUUUUAAUAUCUUUUCUGUGACUGUGACACUUCAUGUGAAUGACAUACUUCACAAGUACACUCGAUACCUUGCCUGCUGACAAUUGCCCAUAAUCCCUUUUUGAGUCCAGUUUCAGCAAAAUCCAUGUGUUUAAGUUCUAUUUUGUAGCACACAAAUAAUCAAGUAAUUUCUAGUUAGAUGCUGUAAACCUGUGCUAUUAUGGAUUUCUCUUCUUCCCUUUUUUAUAAGGCUGCUCGCUCCACUGUCUGUGACCUUUUGCAGGGAUUGUGUUUCUCUAUAACUUAAGUGUUGCCAGUGGCUUAGUUUUGAAAGCAAUCAGGGAAUCAGGAAGCCUUCAAAAACCUAUUAUAAAUUAUAUCUAUAAAGAAUAGGAUUGUUGUCUCUGGCUUACAAUAUUGAUCAAAUGUGAAUACUCUUUAGUAACAGAUACUGUGCUUCUGAGGUUGGCAUUAUAGUGGAGGGAAGAGUGUCAAACACAACCAGUGGGAAAUUUUCUGAAAUGAGUGUUUGACAUCCCCUUAUAGUUUCUUUUUGUGUGUGUGUUUUAUACAUAUCACAGGCUUACUGGUAAUGGUAACAUUUGCCUUGCCCAGCGAGCAAGACCCACUCAUUUUUGAGGAAGUGGGUCCAAAGAAUUUUGUAGGCCUUGUAGGCCUGAAUUAAGGCUCAUUUUUCAUCUACUGAAUCUUCAUUGUUUGAAAAACAACCACCACUAAUACAAAAAAAUAAAAUAAGUAAGACUAACCGGAAAUGUGCUACCUAAAUCCAUUUCAAAUAUACUCCUUUCCUGUUUUUAAGGAACUGAACUUAAUGCCAUUGUUAUUUUUGGCUGAAUCCCACACCUACUUAGCAAAGCAUGGGCAAGGAUGUUGUUGUGUUCUUUUUUGCAGCACCAAUGCAAAGGGUAGUUACAAAUUAUAGUUUAAUAUUUCUGGCAUUUAAAAAAAAAAAAAGUUUUAAAACUGGAGAUAUUACAAAAAUUUAUUUUUAUUUUUAGCUAAGCAUGCAAAGUCCAGUCCUAUGUAUCUCACUGAUACCCUAGUACAUACCUCCACCCAGCUUCCUAGGAUAAUAUGCCCACCAAAUUGCUAGAUUGAAGGUGCCUUGCCUUGAUCUCUAUAUACUGUACUUUCUCCUACAUGAACCUAGAAGAAAUCAGAAACAUUGUAAAAUUGAAGCCUUGGAUGACCAGAUACAGUAUCAACACUUUGAGUUUGUCACCUGUGAACAGCGGAACCAAUGUUAGACUGAGGGUAAAGAUUUAGAGAAUGCCACAGAGAUGCCACUGAAAUAACUUAUAUAAUAACUUAGACUUAGGCACAGGCUUUCUGAAGUAUAAAAAUAUGGGUACUCUCUGUAUGCUUAAGAAGGAAUUUCUUUCUCAGAAAGGGCAACGAGGACCAAACUGUACCUCAGUCUGGAAAACUGUCUGGCAAUGCUCUCGUGGCCUCUUGUGGUUACCAUGAUAUUUAAAGACAAAAGAAAAAAGGACAUCACUGUUCCUUUUUUUAGCACUGUAUUGCUGGCAAUUUCUUUUAGCACAUCUUCCUGCUGAAGUCCCUGACAGAGACCACUGGUUAUUUCAAACUCCUUGUCUGCUCAGCUGAACAACUGAUUGAGUCUGAAUGAAAUCUUCAUGCUAGUUUUCCGAUGUGUUCUGUUUUUAUAAGCAACACGUAGUGCACUCUUCAAGGAGCCUAUUGUAAAGCUGCUAAAUUCUAGAUACACUUUUUUCUUUUUCUUUUCUUUUUUCUGUAGGCCAGACUAACACUUAAUGUUGGGUCUUUCUAGGGAGGGAAUGAGUUAAGCAUGAAGCCCACUAUUCAUGUAGAGAAAAAAAAAAAAAAAAUAAACCUACUCUAAUACUGUGAUAAAACUGCAAAGAAACUUUGACUUAGACUGUGCCCUUGCCUGCUAGCACUAAAUAUGUGUGCAUGGGAUAAAAAGACUUUAUUGAAAACUUAGGUGCACCCUUCUCAUCCCAUCUGGUCCAGUGGGAUUUGUGCACCAUCCCUGAGAAAACAAAACAAAACCAAAGCAACUCACAUGGUGAGCUGGGGUUUGCUCUACAUCUAGAGGACCCAUGGGAGGCAGCAGCCUUGAUGUUGUACUAUUUGCUGGGUCCCAGUGGAAGCCCCUGGCUUUCCUACAAUUUAAGAUAAUACAGCUGAAGGCUACAUGCUCCUUCUCUUUCACCUGAAUUUCAUAAGUGUUCACGAGGAAGGAACGCAUGUACUCAUGUCCCAUCCAGCCAUCUUUUUACUCUCCUAGUGUAAGAGCCUGGGGAGAGACAGGGCUGGAGACCUGGCUGAGCCAUGCAAGGAGAUUCUGGUUCAUGGCCUGAUGCUACAGAAGUAUUGAUUUCAAUGUCAAACUUUUGAUACUGGGUAAUUAUGAUCUGCAAACCAGUUGGGGAGGCUAUGACUAAGGUGAGGUUUAAUUUUUUGUAAGCAGUUAGUAUCUAUUGGAAAUAGAGCAUUUUUAUUUUAUUAUUUUGUGGUUUCGUUUCUAUGGGCUAAAUCCAUACAUGUAUUUAAUGCAACGAAUCAGUGUCCUAAAAAUAUUUUUUCUACUCUCUGUUUAAACAUAGCAAAGAGGUCCUUGUGCUUUGUUUUCUCCCUUUAAUUUUGUCUCUUGUCUCAUCUGUUGCAUGGGAAGAGGAUGGCAAGGAUGAACUGCAUGUAGUAGGUUGUGUCUUUCAAAGAACUGUCGGUCUGUAUUACUAAAUUUACAUACAUAUAUGCAAAGAGUUUGUCUGCAUUGUACAGUCUGUGCUUUUCUUAGUUGUUGUAUACACAAAUUCCACACGAUUAAUAAAAUGUUUAUAUUUUGAAGGCGUAUGGGAAAACAACAAAAAGGUUUAUGUAAGAAGUAGACUGUGCAAAACAUCACCCGUCUGGCCACAGGAUGGUAAAAUGUCAUGUAAAUAGGCUGGCAAACUCAAUUCUCCCCUUUUACCAUGCCAAAGAAAAUUUUAGCUCCUUAAUAUAAUACCUCUCUUGCUGUUCUCCAGGAUGAGACUUCACCAUUUUCUUCCCUCUAAAAUUAAUUUUGCUGUUAAGUGAAAGCUGUUUUCAACUGUUACUACUACAGUACUGUAUAGCAACCCUGAUGGAAUCAAUUUGUAUUUACAGAUUGGGUUUUUUUGUACUUGUAUGUCCAGCUGUCUGUGAAUCUGCAGCGUCCCAAGUCUUUUGCAUGCUUGCUUUGUAUUUUGUUCUUCUGGGUUUUAUCUGAUCUCUGAGAGACUGUUUGCACAGCAAUCCAACCUUGUCUUACCAUUUCAUGUGUUAACACUGCACAUAGUCAUUAUCUCUUCCUUUUUUUUUUUUUUUUUUUUUUUUUAAAUCUGCAUUUCAGCUACAGUUCUAUUUGGCAAAAUCAGUCACAACUGCACUGGUUUAGAAAUCCAGUUUUAAGUAGCUGUAAACUAAUUCAACACAGCAUUGUUUUGUUGUACUUGAAAAAUUUUAUAAAUACACAAGAAUCCUUGAUUGUUCACAUGAUAGAGUCUAUAGAAACCUUUUAAGUGAUUUGUGGUUCACAUAACACAGCUUUUGCUUAACUUGCUUGGGUUUUAGUCACUCUCAAAGAAUUUUUUUAAUAUACUGUCAUUUUCAUUAAUUUUAACUUGUGUAGAGUCAGGUUGGUUCUUAAAAGAAAACCUUCCCCCCAAGUAUAAACCAAUCCACUUUGAAUAUUGUGUAUACCUGAAAAAACAAGAAGUACUCUGACUUUUUAUAUAAAUAUUGGGAAACUUUUUCACUUGGUUUAAAACCACUGCAAGCAAAGAGGUAUGAAAACAGGCUGUGUGGUCCAUGCAUCACAAGUGUGUCUUGCUGAUACAUCUCUUUAUUGGUAUAAAUAAGAAAUUAUUCAGCUCCAUUUAAAUGGAAAUGCAAGUAAAAUUAGACUAAGUAAGGCAGUUAUCUUUCUUUUAAAUGCCCCUUUAGAUAAACUCAUAUUCUGUGCAAUGCGUUUUAUAAUGUCUAAUAAGAGGGGUUGUUUUUUUGAUGAUGACUAAUGCAAAUGCUAAGACUUAUUUUCAAAGUUGUAAUAAAAGCUUCAUCUAUUACCUAGGCACAGAAAAAUCCAACUUAGCUUUCUUCAUCUGAGUAUCAUUUAGCUGUAAAGUAAGACAAAAUUCUGUAAAGAAGCAAGGGCAGUGCCUCAGAGAAGGGAGAGCAGGUACGUGAUUAAUUGUUCACCCAUGUGAUUCUAAAAGAAAAUAUGGCCAGGGAAAAAGGGAUCACAAGUAGGUUAAUAAUUUAUACAAGCAAAUCAAUCCACAACUGUUUUACAGGUGAUACUACAGUUGUGUUAUAUACAAUAGGCUUUAUCCUGCAAGUCUGUUGUAGAAGCAUUUGGCACACUUCUGGAUUGUGUUCUUUCAGGAGAAGAAAGCAAGGCUAUAGUAUCUUUUGUUCAUAAGGCUUGCCAAUCUAGUUAGUAUGAAAUCCCCAUUUAUCCAAUUUAUUUUUGCCACCUAGAGCUGCCUUUUGCCACAGGCCUGGAAGCAAGUUUUUACAGUCACUAGGCAUGAAGAAUCAAGCAGGACAUUUCACUCCUUUACGCCUCUUCCUGCUUUUACAGCUUAUGUAUGUGGAAUUCCCAUUACAGGGAAUGAGGUGUAAAAUCACAAUUUAUUAAUACAGCUAUUAUUUUUACAUAUGUGGAAUGAUAGUCAUUCCUCCUGACCUCUUUUUUUCUGGUGAGGAAAUGAGCCACAAAACAGAUUUGCUGGGAGUUACAGCACCAGUUCCCUCAGCAUGAAGAGUGGGGGGAGUGUUCAAGCAUCAUUAUAAGAAACAGAAUACAAAUGGGAAAGCAAUUUAUGUAUACAUUAUAUUUUUAGUAGUCUUAGUUAAUACUUUGAGGUUUAUAGCAAUAGCACCAUUUUGUUUGAUAAUUUGCAUUUUAAUGAACCACUGACAGUAGCUGUCUUAGAAUAUUCUAAUAAUUUUUUUCCAUAUGUACUUUAACAAACAACUUGGAUUAACACUUUUUGAAAUGCUAUGGCUAUAUCAUCCAUCCAGCAGCCAAAAUGUUGAAGCUGAUUGGGUUUUUUUAAGUAUUCUUACUAGAAAUCAGAACCAUCUUACACUCUUUAAGUAUAGAAAUGGAAAAUGGAAGCAAAUUACAAAGUGAAAUGCACCAAAUAAGACAUUGCAGCCCUCUAAAGGAUUAUUCUUUUGUCUGUGAAUAAGAGUACUUGAAAUACCAAAGCUGAUCUACAGUAUAUAUAAAUCUUCUUAUCAUGCCAUGAAACAAGUCAAAAGCAUCUACUGAACAGAAGGGUUUUGAUUAUCAAGUAUUUUCUUAUUACAGUACAAAAUAUAAAUGGAAAGAAAUCAAGGAAAACUUUGUAUCUCUCAUUGUUUACACUCUGAUUCAGGAGAUGAACAUAUAUGCAGAAAAAAUACUGAUUACAAGAUGAUUCAGGUCAGCAGUAUUCAUAAAUAUAAAAAAAACCAACAAUCAGUGCUCUCCAGACACCAGGGCUGACAAAACGCAUAUAUGUUAAAAGUUAAGAAAUUAUCCCUGUUAAGCUCUAGAGAGUUUAAGGGUGAUAAGUAUAAAAGAUAAUUUCAAGAUUAAUUUUACUUUGAAGAUUACUUAUGCUGUAUCAAUACAUUUUAGAACUCUGCCUGAUUUUUUGGUUAUCUAGAAAGAGAGUAGCUAGCAGCUUUGGGAUGUAUGUCUCAUUAUUUAUCUGCAUAACUUCUGUAUAAGUUAUGUGUAGAUAUUUGGUGAUUAUGCUCCCUGAGAAAAUGGGUUUCACAAACUUCAUUUUUUGAAAGAAAUAAUCCAGGAUAAGGAAAAAAAAAAAAUGGGUAAGAGAAAGAGCAAGCUGCAUGGGAAGGGGGAAUAAUAAAAGUGAUUAAGCCAAUUAAUUAAAUUUUUUUGCAUUCUAUUACUUGUUCUGUACCAUUGUAUUUUGCUAUUUCAAAACUGUCCUUUCUGAAAUAAAACUCAUUUCUAGACUAAUAAUUGAAAUACCUUUUUUGGUUAAUAUAUUGUUCCCUUAUUUCUGAGUCAUGUACCUCUUCAAAAGCAGGACCUUGGCACCUAAAUCACAAUGUUACAGUUUGUUAUUAAAAAAUAUUUUCCAGCCGUUUAAACAAUUUCUUGCUCAAUCAUGGAUUCACAAAAUGUAAAGACUUUUGAAACUAAAAUGUAUGUAUCGUUUUUUGCUCUAAAGAAUUCAAGGGCUGCCAAAUCUACAUGUACAAAAAAUAGACUCAUAUGUAAAUAAGUUAGGGAAGUCCCAAUAGUUGUGCAUCGUUCAUAACUCAAUGUGAAUUUCACACUGAUCAGCAUUUCACCAUUGGAAAAAUAAAAAUAAAAUUUUUGUUCAUACCACUGCUUUGUUUGUCUUUACUGUAUUAAAACUGUAAUUACUUUGUUGCCAUUGUCUGAACAUCUUUGGCUGAGACCAGGCUACUGGACAGAACAGCUGAUUCUUCAAGUCAGUUGACCUUCAGGCUCCCCACUUCUAUGAAAGCAGUUAAAUUCAGCGAAUACCACGUGUGACAGUGCAAUCUGUUCCAAA